AAGGUUGCCAAGGAUCUACCUAGAAGUCGAGACGCCCUUGCUUCUGGCGUGUGCUGCGCACAGUUAGGCAGCCACGGCUCGCCUACCCAACAGAGCAGGAGCCAAAAAUGGACUAAGAUGUCGGGCCGGUCUCUCAGAGACCCUCCGCUUGGUGACGAUGCCUUUCUAAAACUCUCACAUGGGCACAUCGUUCCUAGUUCACUUCUGCAACAUCAAGCUGCGCGUGAGAGACGAAUGGAGUCUCCGUCACUCGAUGAGAAGAUUGUCUUCUUCGAGCAGCUCGAUGCGCUCGACAAACUGAGCGAUGGUGACGAUCAGAUUGAUGAGAAGGAGCAAAAUCACCGAAACACAUGUCGAGCCUUCUUUCGCUCACGGAAGAAACCCAGUCCGGUUCAGGAAAGCAUUCAAACCCAUCCCCGGCGAACGGCAUCGAUGCCCACUCCGACUGCGGUGACAGUGACCCCUGAUCCCCGGGUCAUCAAAGCGACUCCCGGCACUCAGAACCUCGGGGGAAGGAGGGCUACUAGGACAGAGCAUCUCCUCAUGGGCACUACUUCAUUUAUGGAGGAGACGCCUGUGCCAGAGACUGCUCGUCAACCCCCCCGAACACUUCGGAGGAGUACGACAUUGCCGACCCCUGUUUCGUCAUCACUGGUUGAGCAGUCGCCCUCGGUAAGCUCCGGUCUGAGGAAGCGUAAACGGCAAUCGCUGCCAAAGCCAGUGCCCGAAGCCGCCCAGAUCUUCCGUGGCCUGUCCUUCUACUACAUCCCGAACAACGACAUUGCCCCUGCCAGGAAACUGCGCAUUAGCAAGGCGCAGGAGUACGGGGCGCGAUGGGUUCGGGACCUUGUGGACGCCAGCCACGUUGUCGUCGACAAGCACCUGACAUACAAGGACAUUGAGAGCAUACUUGGCUCUGAGCCGGCGGCAGCCCCGAUUGUUGUCAACGAAGAGUACCCCAUCGACUGCCUCUCCUUCCGCACACUGCUCAACCCGGACCAGAAGCGAUACAAGAUCCCUGGCUACCCUGUUAAUAACGCAGCGCAGCUAGCUUCGGAUCAGAUUCCGCCAGUGCCGUCGCAAAGCUCUGAUCGCUCAUUGCAAGUAAAACUGCCCAGGGCAUCCAAGAAACGCGAUGCCGAGGACACGCCGCCGGGAAGUGAGCAGGCGUCUCUGCAGAGCCCAACCAAGGACGCAGGAGAAGACGUGAGAGAUCAGGCGCCAGGACACACCUCGGGCAGUCCACCCGCCGCUGGUAACCGAACCUCCCCGGGGAGUCCUCAAGGAGAGCAAACCAACCCUACAGACAGGGCACCUGGUCCGCCCCGUCGAAGAUCGAGCACGAAGGAUGAGCUAUCGGACUACAUCGAACUCAUACAACAAUAUAAACAUCUCCCCCUGGAUCCGGAAGAAGAAGACGAUCUCCAGUCCGUCAGCGAUGCUCAGGAGGCUACGGUGUCGGACUCAGACGUCGAAGGAGGGUCGGAAGGUGAACGUGCGCGCAAGAGGGCUACAACAAAAGGCCGGCUCACUGCGCGGAAAGAGAUCGCAUUCGAAGAGCGCUUUGCCUGCAACCGCGGCGGAACCAAGGACCGAACCAGCGACGAUGGCAACCCCAACGCCAAGACGAUCGAAAUCCUCCAGAGCAUGUGCGACUACUACACGCGCAUAAACGACAACUGGCGCACGCUGGCCUACCGCAAGGCCAUCGCCACGCUCCGGCGGCAGACGGUCAAGAUCACGACCGAGGAGGGAGCCUAUCGGCUGCCCAACAUCGGCCGCCGCCUCGCCGCCAAGAUCGAAGAGAUCGCCACCACGAACAAGCUGCGCCGCCUGCAGUACGCCGACGACGAGCCGCUCGACCAGGUGCUCGAGACCUUCCUCAAGAUCUACGACGUCGGCACCAGCCGCGCCAACAAGUGGAUCGCGCAGGGGUUCCGCACGCUCGACGACGUCCUCCACAAGGCGAAGGACCUGACCGCCAACCAGCGCAUCGGCAUCGAGCACUACGACGACCUCAACACGCGCAUCCCGCGCGCGGAGGUCACGGUGCUCUUCGCGUACGUGCAGCAGCACGCGGCGCAGCUCGACGCCGGCGUGGAGCUGCUCGUGGGCGGCAGCUACCGGCGCGGCGCCGACAGCUCCGGCGACAUCGACAUCAUCGUCACCAAGAAGGGCACCACCUCGGCCGCCGAGCUGCUGCCCUUCCUGGAGGAGCUGCUCGCCACCCUCACGCGCAAGGGCUUCAUCGUCGCCACGCUCGCCGCGCUGCAUGCCCACCGCCCGGGCAAGGACGGGCCGGGGAGUAAAUGGCACGGGUGCUGCGUGCUUCCCCGGGAAGAAGGUCAUCAUAACAACAACAACACUCACAAUAAUAAUAACGAUAGUAGUAGUAGUAGUGACCAAGGCGGUCCACAACGGCAGAUCUGGCGACGCCUCGACUUCCUGCUGGUUCCCGAAUCCGAAUACGGCGCGGCGCUGAUCUACUUCACCGGCAACGACAUCUUCAACCGCAGCAUGCGGCUGCUGGCGUCCAAGAGGGGGAUGAGGCUGAACCAGCGCGGCCUGUACAAGAAGGUCGUGCGGGGCAAGAACAGGGUCAAGGUCACGGAGGGACAGUUGGUGGAGGGGAGGGACGAGAGGCGCAUCUUUGAGUUGCUCGGCGUGAAGUGGCGGGAGCCCUGGGAGCGGUGGUGCUGAGAGGCUUCCUACUCAGUAUUGAGUUUUGGAGUGGGGAUCCGGGGACCUGGAUGUCUGGUUAGGAAAGGAAAAGGAAUGGACUACCUUACCUAGGUACCUUACGUUACGCAGUGAUGCCCGAUUCGAAUAUACUAGUAUGCUUAAUAAUGUACCUUACGGAACGAAGCAUUGAUUUUCAC